AAGCAAAGAGUGUGUGUGGGGUGUCCAAGUGCGUAAUCUUCGCCAGCCAUCAUUUCCCGCCGAACACUCGCGGUAUAUACGCGUGAGGAUUAUAUCGUCGCGCGCGAGUGUAAUUGGUGCGAUUCGUAUCUCGCUCAUGUCUAAAACGUCGAGGACAUAGUGAAAAUAUUGCAAAAAAAAAAAAACGUUGGUCGUUAUCCCUGCAAACAAGAAGGGAGUCUCUUGUUUUUUUGGACAUAGGGCUAUUGAAAAAAAGACAUCAGGAAGAACGGACCCUUCGCUAUUUAAAGUUUAGUGAGGACGGUUACUGGCUCUGAGGCGAUUGUUAUGAGACUCACAGAAGAAAAUACCAUGAAGGAGGAGAAAUUGUGGGAUUUAUGAGUUUAAACUGUUUGGGACACACGCAGGGGCUGAAUUUAUGCUCAUUUUGGUUCAACUGAAAACAUUUCCUUUGAAGUUUAACGUUACCUCAGAAAUUUCCGCUUUGGUAACGUCUUGCACUAGAGAGAUGUGGCACGCGACUUAAGAAAAGAUUGACGUGCCGCGAGACACCUUUUAAUCGCUGUGUUUAGUCAGCCCGUCUAGUUCGGGUGGAGGUGGUGGGGAUUCCGUUUUUUUCCCCUAACUCAUCACAUUAAGAUUAACAAGCCGUCUUUAAGAGGAUCCUCUGUGGUCAUUCAUGACUUGUUGAACACCCAGCCCUCCGCGGGACCCUUCACAUCGAGAGUGAAUCUCAUUAACAGUGCAGAUGCCAAGCUGCAAUAGAGGAUGAUUGACAGAAGGCAAAGCUGAGACGGCCGUCAGUCAACAUCCAGCCAGAGAGUCGAUUCAUCAGAGUGUCAGAAGCCUUGCUCUCUCUCCAGCCCAACCGAUCACUUCGUUUUCUCUCCCUCCACUUCUCUCAUCUCUGCUGGCACCCCGACCUUGCCCCUUCCCAGCGGACACAAUAAAGACCAGAGGUGGAGAUAGAAGCAUCAGCCUUGACGAACUUUCAGUGUCCAAAGCGAAGCUGGUAUGCUGCUGCCCCUCUUCUGUUCCACGUUCAGCAAAAGUUGGAUUAUUUUGUAAACCAGACCCAGAUCAUCCUCUACAUUCCCUCUUUCUCUAUCUCUCCUUCUCUCAUGAAUCUUUGAGAGGAAGGGCGCAGGAGGAUACUUUACAUCACAGUGAAUAGUCUAUUAGAGGGGCGGCCCAAAUAAAGGAAACAGCCAUGCGUUUCCCGCUGCUCUUGACACUGCAGGCAUCAUGGCUGACUGUUUGUCUGGCCACACAGCACUAUCCCACAACCUGGGGACACUACGACUUGUGCAAGUCACAUGGCUACACGGAUGAAGGCCCGACCUGGUAUUACAUGGCCUGUCAGCCCGAAGCCGCGGACAUGACCAAGUACCUAAAAGUGUUUCUUGACCCACCCAACAUCACCUGUGGAGACCCACCAGAGACCUACUGCACCCUGGAAAACCCAUAUAUGUGCAACAACGAGUGUGAUGCAGCCACAGAAGAACUGGCCCACCCCCCUGAGCUCAUGUUCGACUUUGAGGGCCGCAACCCCACCACUUUCUGGCAGUCCUCCUCCUGGAAGAAGUACCCUAAACCUCUGGCUGUCAACAUAACCCUGUCAUGGAACAAGACCAUUGAGCUGACCGACGACAUUGUCAUCACUUUUGAGUCGGGUCGGCCGGAGCAGAUGGUUCUGGAGAAGUCUCUGGACUAUGGACGUAGCUGGCAGCCCUACCAGUUCUACGCCACCGACUGCCUUGACGCUUUCACUAUGGAGCCCAAAACGGUGAGGGACAUUACCCAGCACACAUUGCUGGACAUUAUCUGCACCGAGGAAUAUUCCAGAGGUUAUGUGUGGAAGAACGACAAGACUGUACGCUUCGAAAUCAAAGACCGCUUCGCACUGUUCGCCGGCCCCAAGCUGCACAAUAUGGCCUCGCUGUAUGGACAACUGGACACAACCAAGAACCUGAGAGACUUUUUCACCAUUACUGACCUGCGCAUACGUCUGCUCAGGCCUGCCACGGGCGCCACCAUGGUGGAUGAGAACAACCUUUCCAGAUACUUCUAUGCCAUCUCUGACAUUAAAGUACAUGGCAGGUGCAAGUGCAACCUUCAUGCCAACAGCUGCAUCUUUGACAAAGAGAGACUGACUUGUGAGUGUGAGCACAACACCACAGGGCCUGACUGUGGCCGCUGUAAGAGGAAUUAUCAGGCCAGAGCUUGGAGCGCAGGGUCCUAUCUCCCUAUCCCCAAGGGCACAGCAAAUAUCUGUGUGCCAAAUAGUGUUGGUCCAGUUAUUCGGCAGAACAUUUCAUCCCUAGGUGUCGCUAACAGAAAUCAAGACUGCGAAUGUUUCAGUCACUCCAAUCGCUGCAGUUACAUCGAGGUGCUAAACACCGUCAUUUGCGUGAGCUGUAAGCACAACACUAGAGGGCAGCACUGCCAGCUGUGCAAGCUUGGAUACUACCGCAAUGCCUCAGCAGAGCUGGACGAUGAGAAUGUUUGCAUAGACUGUAAUUGUAAUCCCUUUGGCUCAGACACUGAUCGCUGUAAUGGCACAGGAUAUUGUAAAUGUAAGGAGGGAGCAACAGGGGCUAAGUGCCAUGAGUGUCUGCCAGGAUAUUUGUGGGACAAUGGCUGCAAAUCCCGAGUGUGUGACAACGAACUUCUGCGUUGCCAAAACGGCGGCGUGUGUGUGAACAACGUCCGUUGUCAGUGUCCUCCAGCGUACACCGGCCUGCUGUGUGAGAAACCACGGUGCGAGAACGAGCCAGGCGGCUGCGGAGAGUCGGACUCGGGCCAGGCUUCCCUCUGCCCCCCUGGGCUGAUCCUGCUUUCGCUGCUGUCCGUCCUGGGUCCCGUUUUCCUCGUGGAGAUCUGCUGGAUCCUUUGAGAGGCAGAUCUCCGACUUGCCCAGCUUCUUCUGUAUAAGCAGCGCACCAGACCCACCGACACUCGGCCGGCCAUGUGGAAUGUGCCCAAAUAUCAAAGCAAAAUUUCUGAGGAUGACAGACAAAAUACAAUAACUAAUACAUCAAUAAAAAUAGUAUUUAUAAAAAAUUGAUUCAAUAUAAAAAUCUACAAUUAAAAAAAAAAAACAUCAAGGUGUUAUUUAUAGAAUUUACCUGAGCAUAUGCUUCAUGAAGCAAAUAAGAGGAAGUAGUGAUGUGAACUAAGCCAUAAUAGAUACUCCCCUAACAGAACGAGAGAGCGACAGGGAUUGGAGCGGACAAGACUCAUCCCUUUCCUCCCUUUAUCACCAAGGCAACGGGAGCUGCGUUCAGCCAGAGGCAUGUACAAGUAAAGCCAGCUGCCGCCCUUCACCUGAGCCAUUCUGGGUAUCAUGUUGGCUUGAAGACUGCUUUUGGCUAUUGUGACACGGAGCGAUGGAAAACUGUCCGGAUUGUGUCCGAACUGGCAAUUGCGAGAAAAAAAAAAUGAUAUGAAGAAAGACUCCAGAAAAGAAAAGAAACAAGCAUUCUUUGCUGUCAGUGCAUUGUGGAUAUAAGGAAAUCUAUUCAGACUGUCACAUUUGAUCCGCUUUCAAAUUGAGCUCGUCCCGCCGACACAUCCCACUCCACCUUCAAAAAUAAACUUUAGAGUGUCCUUUGUGUCAAAAGCCCCGUCCUUCCUCCACUCUGUGCUUUUGUGAAUGUUAUUCUGUAACCCUUGAUAUUUUUUUUUAGUACAGUAUAUAUAAUUUUUGGGUUUUCCUUUCAUUCCGUGUGAUGUUAGUCACACUCAUAUGGCACACCCCCUUAUCCUCCAAAAAAUAUGACUGAACAACCCAUGACUUUAAAAUGUGACGGACUGUUUGCUGAGGCCACGGUCAAAGAUGUAUGUUUUCACCCAAACAGAUGAAAUGCUUAGACAGUCAUCAGUGUAUUUAAUUUUUGUAUUAAUACAGAAGUUAUUUUCUUGACAGAGUACAGAUAAUGUAGAACAUAUACUUUUUUGUAUUAUUGCUGAAAUGUGUUUAAGGGCAACAUUUUAGUGCGUUCAAUCAAGGUGCAUAAUUAAAUAUCUGAUUAUGUUGGUCUGAAAUUUAUUUUAUUUCAUUUACACCUUUUUUUUUCUCCUUAAGUUGGAUUGUGAAGUUUUCCUAAAGUAUAUUAGCAACGUGCUGGCAUCAAAGAAUAUCAGUUUACAUACAGUAUAUAUACAGUACUGACGUGUAAAAAAAGAAAAUCACACCAAAGGACAUUCUAAAUGUUUUCUUGUUGCUUUAACACUGAGAAAUUUAAGUGAAUAAAACUUUAAAAGGACUUUA